UCUUGUAGGGUCACGUGGUGUCCUGUUCUGUGGGGUUGUAUUUGGGUGAAAGUCGUACAGUGUGAUCUCUUUCGGCUUCCUGGGGGAGCAUGGCUUGUAAAGUUCGCUAUUUAUUAUUUUUCCAGUAUUAUGGAACGAAAUACAGUGGGGUGAUGAAGGCGCCAGCAAGCCAAGCAGUUCUUGGAGUGCAAAACUACUUGGAAAUGGCAUUACAGAAACUGCGAACUAUUGGCACCCCCACAAUCUACAUCUCCAGCCGUACAGACUCUGGGGUCCAUGCACUCUGCAAUUCUGCUCAUGUGGACAUCGAGAGACAGCCAGGAAAACAUCCAUUCUCAGAGGCUGUUCUGCCGCAGGCUUUAAACUUCCAUCUAAAGCCAGAGUGCAUAAGUGUUCUAAAGGCCAUCCGUGUAAAUAAUGACUUCCAUGCAAGAUAUGAUGCACUAUCCCGCACGUAUGUGUACCGUCUAGUCACCGGAUAUGGGCACCAAAAUUUACCAGUGUUCGAGAGGAAUAUGUGCUGGGCUGCAAGUGAGAGUAGACUUGACAUAGGGAAGAUUCGUGAAGCUGCUCAGAUUCUGCUUGGAACUCAUGAUUUCAGUGCCUUCAGAUCCAUAAACUCUGAGACUCCUUUCAAAUCUCCUAUCAAGACAUUAGAGCAGGCAGAUUUUACUGCUUCUUCAAGCCUACUUCCAAUUCACAACCAGAACAGCGAUGUCCAGUUUUGGAAUGUUACCUUCAAAAGUAAUUCCUUUGCCUAUAAACAGGUGCGAAGAAUGACUAGUGCUUUAGUUGCAGUGGGACUUGGCUUUCUCACACCACAACAAAUUAGAUUUCAUUUGGAGACGGGUGAACAAAUGAACUACUCAAGAUGUAUAAUAGCGCCACCAGAUGGAUUGUUUUUAAAAGAAGUAAAAUAUGCAGAGACAGAUUUAAAGAUGGACAAAACCUCCCGUUAAGAAGAUGGACAUACAUAUAGCAACAUGUAGGAACUUUUACCAACUGCUUACUAUAACUUUGCACAGUACAAAUAAAAUGUUAUAUAUUUUUUUUUAUA